GGAGCUCCGCCUCUUGUUACCGCAUCAUCGCGCGUCGGAUUCAACAUGGCGAGCGUUGUUUAGUUGUUAUUGAUCCACUGUUCGAAAUAAACCCCAAAUCACUAAAGCCGACCGUCUUUCUCGUCCUUCAUUAUGAGUGAUGAGAAGAACUCCGACGCUUGUAACUUCUUCAUGGGUUUUGAUGAUUUGAGCGACAGCAGCAGCGAUUCUGACCCGAAUGAGUCCGGUAAGAAGAGCCGAACAGAAUCGGAGCCGUCUGGAUCAUCCGAACCGCAGAGCCGCAAACGAGCCGCCGAACCGCUGCCGAAACCUGACGAUCUUUUCCGAUCCGUCAGCAAACCCGCGUUCCUCUAUAACCCGCUCAAUAAAGUCAUAGACUGGGACAGAAGAACUGUCAAAGCUCCCGAGGAGCCUCCGAAGGUGUUUAAGGUGUGGAAGAGUAACGCUGUACCUCCACCGCAAUCAUACGAGACGGAGGAGAAGAAGAAAGGAGCUCCUCCUGGAAUGGACAUGGCCAUCAAAUGGUCAAACGUGUACGAGGAUAACGGAGACGACGCCCCUCAGGCUCACAAAGGCCCCGCCCACUUCCUGCCAGAGGAGGAAGAGCCACAGCAGCUAGACUCUGAUGACGACGAACCAGGAAAUAAGAAGUCGGCGAAGAAACAACGAGUGGAAACGUUCCAGCAGAAGGAGAAGAGGAAGAGAGACAUCGGGCAGGCCACAUCAGACAAGAGCUUUGUGGAAGAGGAGAAGAGAAUCCUCCGACAGAGUCUGGAGUGAAGGUGGAUUUUAAUGCCGGUCAGGAGUCGGUCCCUGGAUACUGACUGGAACAACAGCACUUGUGUCGGGGACAUUUUAAAAUGCUUCAGUUUUCACACAAAGGAAGUUGACAAUGGCUUUACAUUUCUCUAUUUUGGACCAUAUUGUACUCAUGAUUUUGACUGUAGCGUGUAAGGAACGUUCUGUAUCGGUUACUUUGGUUGAUUAUUGUAUUGAAUCUCCUGCGUGUAGUGAUGCUGUACCGCCACUAGGGAGUGCCACAGAUAAAGAUUUGUUUCCUUGUGCUUCCAAAGUAGUCAUAUGGAUCUUUCUUCUUCCUAUUUGGCCUGUCAUUGUAGUUUGUAAAUGAUUAAAUAACCUCAACUACACCUUCAGCCUUUUGGUUUCUUC